ACAUGUGCGUGCAUGUAUCAUGUAUGUAUUUCUGGUUCUAAUCACGUGAGGUCACUUCCAACUGCUUCGACUGCACUCUUAACUUUCUCUCUCUACGAUUUUCGCUCUGCUUUCUGUCAAGAGCAGGUGGCGCAUUCUGACAGCGACAACCGACAUACACGCGCACCGCAGAGUCUUACCGUGCGCCGGGGCUUUGUACCGUGCGCCGGCGCCAAUGACUAGAUCGUCGUCGACACGACGCUCAGGUGCUAUCAUUUUACUCCUCAUAGCUUCGCUGCCGUUCGCAGCCGUAUCAGCGGAUUUGCAGCUGCUCGACGGAGGUGACGUCAAUGCCACCUCCGGCAGCAACCAGACUCGGCCGAAGGAGGACACGUUUGCUGACAUGAUUGAUCGUGCUCUAGAGAAAGAGUUCCCCGAGAAUGAGGAUCAGAACGAAGCAAAUGAUGCAGGUGGCUUCAACAACAGCGUGACUGAGAAGCAGGCAAUUUUGGAGACUGUAGCUAGAGUCAAGACGAAGAAAAAUGAUACAAAAGAUGAAAAAUCCUCCUUUAAGCUUCAUCAUGUUUUCAAUCUGGAUAAUGACAAUGGAGCUGAAGAAACUCCUACACUUAUAGAUAGAAAGGACAACGUCUUUAUUAUAUCAAAUUUCAAAUCUAAAUAUCCAGUGCUGCAGUUAGACUUGAGACUUAUAUCAGAUCUGGUUGUUGUCAUUGUCUCUGCAACUUGUGGUGGAAUUGCUUUUGCUUGUGCUGGACAACCGGUUAUAACUGGAUACCUGUUAGCAGGAUCUAUUGUUGGACCUGGUGGUUUCAAUGUAGUCAGUGAAAUGGUGCAAGUCGAGACAGUGGCUCAGUUUGGUGUAGUUUUCCUUCUUUUUGCUCUGGGAUUGGAGUUCUCCACAACAAAGCUUCGAGUUGUUCGAGCAGUUGCAGUUCUUGGAGGCUUACUCCAAAUUCUCCUAUUUAUGUGCCUGUGUGGAAUUAUAGCCUCGGUGCGUGUGACAUUGGACAAUACAUUUUAAUUGUGUUGUGGUACUGUAUAUUUCACGAUCAAAAAGUUUGAGAAGUCCAACUUCGUUUAGAAUUAAGCUGCCGAGGGGAUUAUGUAGAUUUUAGCCAUGAUAACAGCUGAUUUGGCGUUUUGAGUUGAAUGAGCAUAUAAGUUCAAUUGCAAAGGUGAAGGGCUACCAACAGAGAUGAGCCAUAAAACCUCCGACGUUUAUAUCUCUAAAUUGUAUAUAUCUCGUUGGUUCUUAGGUUAACUUUUAUUCCCCUCUUCUCUAAGAUUUCUAGAUGAUUGUAAACUUCCUAGUUUAUGUAUUGUUAGUUAGACUAGAUGUUUCGAUCCUUGCAAGCUGGUUUGCUAUGGGUGUGACUUGAAUAUGCACACUAUAAUUCUCAAUAUUCAGUGAUUACAGUAUGAUUAGUGGUAUGCACUUCACUAGCGAAGUCCAUGAGCCUGCAGCUCGAUCUUCUAGUGCAAACUCAAUAUCCGAAAUGCAUGUACAAUUGCUUUAAAUGCUACAUUUUUAGCAUCAAAUUUCAAUAUGGUUUUCAACAUGAUUGUGAGACGAGCUUUCUCGAAUCAUUUACUAGCAGAUAAAGGUAGUUAAAUUCUACAUUUUUGAAGUUGGUUGUAGUGCAGUCAGUUUGUUCGGUAACAUGAAAUUUAUCUUGGUAUCAUCUCCUCCCGUUCCAAUUACAGUAGAUAAUUAGGAGAAAGUUGAGCAAUAAGACAUUAGGUUAACCAAGUUGAGCAAGCAGAGCAAUUGAGCCAGUCUCUGUCACGAGCUCUGCUUG